GCAUUGCGGCCACACUUCAGAGGGCGCUGCUCUUCGUCUCACGAAAAUGAUUAUAUAUUAAACCGGCGACGCUAUCUUGCGGCUUUCAUGUUUACUAUCAGAACUACUUGCUGUUCUUGCAGUGGGUGCGUGUGCUUCGGUGUGCUUCAAACACGUGUUUUGUGGAUUGCAGUAACAAAACUUGAAUCCGGAGCCGCGUGUGGUAUGACGACUUAUUAAUUUUAAGUAAAAAAACAGUCAAACAUGGGAAGGAAAGGAAAGUUUCAAGAUCAGGCUGUUAAAGGACCUGGUCGCAAGGCGAAAAAGCAGAAAGAUCCUGUCUUUCCAGAGCAUCUUAAAGGCGAUGGUGAGACGAAGACCCUUACUCGCAGGCAAAAGCAGCGUGCAAGAAAAAGACAAUUAAAAUUACAAAAGAGUUUGGAACAUCACUUCAAAAAGAAUAUCAAAAAGAAUACAAAGAAUGAAGAAAAUGAAGCUGUAGGUUCAGAUGUUAAUAUUUCUGACUCAACAAAAAAACUGCUGAAAAAGACAAAAAUUAAUGGUUCGAGUAAUGUGAAACCAUUAAUCUUGAAACCUGCAAAAAAUGUUGAAACUAGGAAACCUAAACUCUUUGACUCUGACUCUGGUUCAGAGAAGGAAGAUGAUGAAUCCGGAGAUGAGGAAUCUGGAGAUGAAGAGGUUGAAACUCUUAAUGAUGUUGAUUAUGAAAGUGAUGGGAUAGAAGAUGAUGAUUUUGGGAAUGAGGCAAUGGAGGAGGAUGACGAUGAGAGUAAAGGAAGUGACAGUGAUAGUGACGAUGAUGAUGAUGAUGAUGGCAAAGAUGCAAAAGAUGAUUUGCUUCCCAUUGAAAGGUCCUCGAAGAAACUUCUAAAAAAACUUAAAAAAGACAAGGAAGAAGAUGAAAAGGAACUAUUACUGAAUGUUGCAACACAGGAUGUAUUUGAAUUUCCUGAAGAUCUCAGCGCUGAAGCCAUGAAUUUACAGGAUAUUCAGCAAAGGAUUAAAGAUGUUGUUAUUGUUUUAUCAGAUUUCAAAAGACUGCGUGAUCCUAAUAGGUCUCGGGAGGAGUACGUGUCAUUAUUGGUAAAUGACCUGUGCACAUAUUAUAGUUACAAUCAUUUCUUAAUGGAGAGGCUGAUGCAACUAUUUCCAUUGAAUGAUUUAUUGGAAUUCUUGGAGGCAAGUGAGGUUCAGAGGCCUCUGACUAUUCGAACGAAUAGCCUCAAAACUCGACGCCGUGAUUUGGCCCAGGCUCUAAUCAACCGAGGGAUGAACCUGGACCCUCUUGGGAAGUGGACGCAGGUGGGGCUAGUGGUGUUCACAUCACAGGUGCCUCUUGGUGCUACUCCUGAGUAUCUAGCUGGCCACUACAUGAUCCAGGGGGCCUCCAGUAUGCUUCCAGUGAUGGCUUUGGCCCCACAGCCAGGAGAACGAGUGCUUGACAUGUGCGCUGCUCCAGGGGGCAAGGCUUCUCACAUAGCUGCAGUAAUGAAAAACACUGGCGUAUUAUUUGCUAAUGAUAUGAAGAGGGAUAGAACCAAAGCCAUUGCUGGAAAUUUUCACAGAUUGGGGAUUGUGAAUUCUGUAAUCACAACAUAUGAUGGUCGUCAAUUCCCCAAAGUUCUGAAAGGAUUUGAUAGAGUCUUGUUGGAUGCCCCAUGCACUGGUACUGGAGUCAUUUCCAAAGAUCCUAGUGUGAAGACAAAUAAAGAUAAUAUAGACAUCCAGAAAUGUUGCACUUUACAGAAGGAACUCAUAUUGGCAGCAAUCGAUUGUUUAGAUGCCCAUUCUCAGAGUGGGGGCUAUCUUGUUUAUUCUACAUGCUCUAUUUUGCCUGAAGAAAAUGAAUGGGUAGUGGACUUUGCUUUGCGAAAACGAGAUGUGAAAAUAGUGCCUACUGGACUUGAUUUUGGAACUGAAGGGUUUACUAAUUACAGACAAUUCAGAUUUCACCAUGCAAUGAACUUGACACGAAGAUUUUACCCCCACACUCACAAUAUGGAUGGAUUUUUUGUAGCAAAGCUCAAGAAGUUUUCAAAUGCUGUUAAAGAUGUUAAACAGAAUACAGAAGAGAUCCCCAGCUCCAAACGAAAACAGGAUUCUCCAGAUAAAAGCAAUAAAAAAAUGAAAGUUGCGACAUCAGAAAAUGAUGGUAAAUUAAAUAGUGUUUCUAUACAGAAGAAUUUUGAGAAGAAAAAGAAAAAAGGAAAGAAGAAAAAGGAUAAUGCUUUUCCCCAAGAAACAAAAGAAACCUCUGCAACAUUAAGUUCAGAUGGAAAAGAAGGAAAUAAAAGGAAAAAAGGAAAGAAGGGGAAACAAGGAAAGAAAGGGGAAAAAAAGCAAGGUAUGGUCAAGAAAGAAAACAAUAGUAAUUCAAGAACUGAUCUGACACCCAAUUUAUCAGAACACUCAUCUGAAGGUGGUGCUGGUAUCAAGCAAGUGAAAAAGAAUAAGGAAACUGUGCCAUCCAAAAAAGUGAAAGGCGUUGAUAAACCUAAAUUCAAAGUAAGGACAGCAAAACCUUUUUUGAAAGGUGUUAAAAAACAGAAAAAAGAAGCAAAGGUGAAAACGUGAGAGUAAAUGACAAAUGUAUUUUGCUGUAUAUUUAUCAUGAAUGUGCUGUUUUUAAAAGAAUUAAUAUAAGGAGAAUUGUUAGAUUCAUUUGUGUUUUUUUUUUCAACCUAGUUAUCAACUCCUAGUAAAUAAGCCUUGUUGGAUGACAAGAGAAGUGAAAGUAGUAAGAGUUAAGCAAUAUUAUUUCAAGAAGUUUAUUUUUUUUGGAAACUACGUACAGUUGUUACACAUUAUUUAUUUUUCAGUAAAGAUAUUUAAUAACCCAAAAUCUUUUUUUUAAUGGAAUCAAAUUAAAUGAAAGGUGCUGCUGUUAAAAAUAAUUCUCUGUCAAAAUCCACUUUGUGCAAGAAGAGUAAAUAAGAGUUUUUUUCAGGAUUGAACGACCAAGAUGCAGGGAGUACAGGAUGAUACAAACAACUAAUAGCAUGGUGUUUUUGUCAAUGUACAUGUGGGAAAUUUGAUAUUACAAAAGUAACAUUUGCAUUUUAUUGUUUUUUUUGGCAGGUCAUAUUUCUGACCCAGUUGAUAUUUUGUCUGUUAAACACCAGUGCAUGAGAAGUUGCCUAUCAACCAUAGGGCAGUGUCAUGUGUCACAUAACAUUUCCUGCCUCAUGUUCAUUGACAUGCCUAGAACCUUUGUUACUCGUCUUAAGUGACAUUUUAUUUUCAUAUAAUGCGCAAAAUGUUCAAUAAAUCAAUGAAAUUUUACCCCCAUAGAUUUUUUUCUUCCCUGGGUUUUGAAUCAAAUUUUUACAUUACAAAGCCCAAUGGAUGUAACUCAAUUUUUUCUUGUUCCAAGAAGUUUUACUAGCAUUGUUUCAGAAAAUUCAGUAAUUUUUUUUUCCAUAAGCACGUAUAGAAAGGUUUGUUUUAACUAUUUAAUUUGGUCCUAUUUUAUUCUUUUUAAUGAUGCCUAAAUGAAAUACAUUUGUCAUUUGGACACUUAAGUGACAAAAGAAAAGUGAAAUGCUGUUUGCAACACUAUUUACAUAAUUGUGUCAUUUAUCUAUAGCAACACCAUUUCUAUUCAAUUGGACCAAUGUCUUAGACUGAUAAUUUUGUCCAGUGCAGACUUGCUGUAUGAGCCGAAAUGGAUUUUACACCAUUUGUGAUAUGAAAAAGGAAAGGAUAAGAUUUUCAAUAAAAUGUGAAUUGCAGUUAACAUGUUACAUAAC